AUGGAAACGAAGCUUCAGAUCAUAAAAAGAAUGGAGAAAGGAGAGAACAUCGGUAAAGAUUUAGGCUUCAGUCAGUCGACCGUGGCGACCAUUAUUAAGGACAAAGCCCGUAUUUUAGCGCACGUGAAGGGUUUCGCCCCUAUAAGGGAUACCGUGAUCACGAAGCAUCGUUCUUCGAUCUUUGCCGAUAUGGAAAGAUUACUUGCGUUAUGGAUUGAGGAUCAGAAUCAAAAUAGGCUUAAUAUCAGCGUAAUGGUCAUUCAGGAAAAGGGACGGCGUAUUUUCCCAACUUUGAAAGAGCAGAAAGGCAAGGAUGCUGAGAAGGAGGAAUUUACCGCUAGCAAGGGCUGGUUUAUGAGAUUCAAAGCCCGUGCCAAUCUUCAUAAUCUCAGGGUCCAGGGGGAAGCUGAAUGCGCAGAUGAAACGGCUGCGAAAGUUUUUCUGGGUCAUCUAGCCAAAAUAAUCUGGGAGGGUGGGUAUCUUGCGGAGCAAGUUUUCAAUGUGGGGAAAUUGUUCUGGAAAUGGCUGCCUAAUCGGACCUACAUCUCUAAGGAGGAGAACGGCCAUAAAGUUGGGAAGGAGAGUCUUACUUUGCUGCUUGGGGGUAACGCUGCUGGGGACUUCAAGCUGAAACCUUUGCUCAUCUAUCUUUCUGAAAACCCCAGGGCACUCAAGGGGAUAUGGAAGAGCAUCCUACCAGUCAGCUGGAAGUCAAAUAGGAAGGCAUGGGUGAAGCUAGCUGUUUUUGAGGAUUGGUUCACCAACCAUUUUGUCCCUGCAGUGGAGCGGUACUGUGCGGCCAAGGGCAUCCCCUUCAAGGUCUUACUUUUGCUCGACAAUGCUCCUGGCUAUCCUCCUACUUUGGGUGAUUUCCACCCCAAUGUUAAGGUGGUUUACCUCCCACCCAACAUGACAUCCCUGCUGCAGCCCAUGGAUCAAGGCGCCAUCUCGUCCUUCAAGGCAUACUACCUUAGAAGGACUUUGGCUCAGGCAUUGGAGAGGACGGAAAAUCAAGAGGGCUUCAACCCUAAGGACUUCUGGAGGGGGUAUAACAUCCGUGAUGCCAUUAAGAACAUUGCCGAUUCUCGGAAUGAGGUGAAGGAGGUCAACAUGAAUGGCGUGAGGAAGAACGUGUGUUCCCAAUUUGUGAGCGACUUCCCCGGCUCGGAGGAGACUCGUGAGUCUGUGAUCGAUACAGUUGUUGAAGGACGACAUCACGGAACGUCUGGAUUCCCAAGGAGAAGAGCUAUCAUCGGAGGACCUGAUUGA